AUGAGGAAUGUCAGAUGGACAUUACUUAAGAACCUCACUGGUACUCCUGAUAGUAGGAGAAAUCAACGAAGAUUUCUGGGAAUUCCGGAUUCUAAUCUCCAGGUUCUGGGGGAACUGAAACAAAAUAAUGAAAGCUUCAUUAUAACUAAGACAUUCUCUGGGUCUUUGAGUGAGGUCAGCCACUUAAAAGGAGAUGCUCAGGCUUCCACUGAAAAAACAGGCUCACCAAAUAGCAAGUUGUACAAACAACAUCGAGUAACCAAGUCCCUUUUCAAGAAGUUUAACCAAAUAACUUGGCCUCUGGAUGCUCGCCCUUUGAACAAAAGUUUAAUCAGAGGUGACAAAUGGAAGAAAACUGAUGCAGCUCAAGAAAAAAGGAGAGCUUUCCUUCAAGAUUUUUGUAAGAAAUAUGGGGGUGGAAACCAUGCCCAAUCCCAUCUUUUUCAUAUGGUAUCCAGAAUCUACGUGGAAGAUAGACACAAAAUCCUCUACUGUGAAGUACCAAAGGCUGGCUGUUCUAACUGGAAAAGAAUUCUCAUGGUACUGAAUGGCAUAGCUUCUUCUGCUUAUAAUAUUACUCAUAAUGCUGUGCACUAUGGAAAACAUUUGAAGAAGCUAGAUAGCUUUGAUCUAAAAGGGAUAUAUACUCGAUUAAAUACUUAUACCAAAGCUGUUUUUGUUCGUGAUCCCAUGGAAAGAUUAGUGUCUGCAUUUAGGGAUAAGUUUGAACACCCAAACAGCUACUACCAUCCAGUAUUUGGAAAGGCAAUUAUUAAGAAAUAUCGACCCAAUGCAUGUGAAGAAAAAAUAAACAAUGGAUCUGGUGUGAAAUUCAAAGAGUUUAUCCGCUAUUUGUUGGAUUCCCAUCGUCCAGUAGGAAUGGACAUUCACUGGGAAAGGGUUAGUAAACUCUGCUAUCCUUGUUUGAUCAACUAUGAUUUUGUAGGAAAAUUUGAAACUUUGGAAGAAGAUGCCAAUUACUUCUUGCAUUUGAUUGGUGCUCCAAGAGAGCUAAAAUUUCCAAAUUUUAAGGACAGACAUUCUUCUGAUGAAAGGACCAACGCAGAUGUUGUAAGACAGUACUUAAAGGAUUUGUCCAAUAUGGAGAGACAAUUGAUCUAUGAUUUUUAUUACCUGGACUAUUUGAUGUUUAAUUACACAACACCAUUUGUAUAGCUAGUGUACAGAAAUCCUUUCCCUUGCUAAUGACAAAGUGCUCAGAUAAGUAAUUAUAUCUUCACCUUAUUUCUCUGUAUUGAAGAACUGGAACUAAAACAGUUGUCUGAUGGAAUGGAAAUUUUGUCAAAUAACAUGACACCAAUUGGCACAAAAUUAUAGGAAAAUGGCAUAAAGGAGAUAUGUAAACAACUUGAAUGGCAUGAAAAUGUCUGGAAAAGAGCCACUUUUGCAUUAUGGAUUGUAGUGUGGAAGCAAUAACAUAGCCAGCUGUUGCAUUAGCUAAAACAGCACUCUUGUAAUUCAAAAGCAUCUAAAAUAGCAUGGGUUUUCGUUGGUUUCUAAGAUCCAUUGUCUAAAGUGCAUGGGUUUAUUUUUUACUGUCUGUGGUAUAUUAAUAAAACCAUUGGACGGUUUUGUAACUCACUCAAAGCUUUCAUAUCAAUUGCAAUGAUAAAUCAAUUUUGAAAUGAUAUUUUGUACCUAAGCAUUUUAAUUUAGAUCAGAAUGCAUUAUAUUAUAUACAAUAUGAGAACGUAGCAGGAAAACCAGAUGAGGCUAUGGCUUUGUAUAUUUAGCAGCCAAUAAAAAAUGCACAACCUGCUAAGAUCAAAGUAACAAAAACAACCUUCCUCUUCAAAAAAAAAAACUUUUGGGAAUUGGUUCUGUUUUCUUUUGAGCUUACUAAGUAGAGACAAAAUGAACACCACCACUAAAGGUCUCCAUUUUUGAAGCAUGCUGUUGAGAUGUUUAAGCCUCCUUAGAUGUAAAUGUGCUCCUAAUUCUGGUUUAAUUGGGCAGGGGGGAAAUUGUUUCAGGAUGGAAUAAUCAUCAAAAACUAGAAUUGCCACUCUAAAUGUAGGCCUCCAACAAUAACAAAGCCUUGUAAGUCUAGUAUUUGAAUCAAAGCAUCAUGUGCCCAGAUUUAUAUGAGGAAUG